UUGUAGCCAUCAGAUGAAGAACAAAUAUUCAGCGUUAAUGAUAUAGAUGUUAAGUUGUUGGGUCUGCCACACGAUGGCCGCUUACUCAUGCUUCCAAUCUUACAUGGUUGUUGUUGAGUAUUCAAGUAUUUAACACCACUUUUCGCAGAUUCGUUUUUUUAAUAACAGAAAUAUAUACAAAAGGAUAAAAUCGCAAUGUCGUUUAAGAGGUUAAAAGUUCGUAGCGAUCUGCUUCCGCAAGCUACCAAUCCCACAAGUGAGUGCACCAGAUGCGUUAAUUUUCAAGAACAAUUUAAUGAAAUUAAAGAACGCGAAGAAAACUUGAAAUUAUCUAUGUUAGACAAGUUGGAGCAAAUCGAAAAAAACCACCUUUUACAAAACAAAGCUCUUAUGACAGUUUUGGCAGAACAUAAAAUUUUAAUCAGCAAGCUAAUUCGCCAGGAAUCUCUUGCUGCGCCCAUUGGCGACCUCUUUCCAAUUUGUACCGAUGAAGCUUUAGCCGCCGUAGAUGAAAAAAUAUUUCAGGACAACCGAGACAUUUACGUUUCCAUGAUGAGAAAACUUUUUCAGUAUUCCGCCCAUAAAAAUUUCAGAAACAUUCUCGCCGAGUCGAUGAUAAUACGAUAUAACAUAGACGGUACACAUGGAAAACAAAGCCUGAAGUCUUUUAAAAAAUUUUAUGCUGCGCUUUUAGAUGCCAUUUCGCAAUUACCAGGUGUUACUAAUCCAGAAGAGCAAUUGCGCCGUGCUUUCAGGGUUCAAAAAAAGCGCCACUUUAAAAAUGCAGCAACAGCAAAUAAUCAGUAAUUAAUUUCUGAACUGAAUAAUUAAUAUAACGCCUUAUUCACACUUUGGACUGAAUCCUUAAUAUAAUUAUAAGAAAAGAAAGUACAAACUUAAGUUAUUUACUGAAUUUUGGCAUAAGAGCUUAACGUAUAUUUGCAAGUUUAAAAUGUAAGCGUAUUUAUAAAACAAAAUUGGUUCGAAAAGAACGUACAUAUGUACAGUUGCGCUAAAAAUAAUAGCAGUAAAAUUCAAAAUGAUGCUGUGGCAACUUAUCUUUAUUUAUUUAUUGUUAGUAAUUUUCAUUUUACAUAUGGGUCGAUCUACAUAUAUCAGAU